AAUGGGCGGGCGGGCAGGCUCGGGACGCUGAAGGGGCAGUGGUGCCUCAAAGGGGCCAGGCUAGAGGCGCUGAGGAUCUCGGUUCCGGGCCCUUGCGCCUUCCAUGCCCGAGCAAGCGAAGCGGUGUCCGGCUCCCCCAUAGUCGAGUACCGGGGAACGCGGAGCGCGGCGAUCCAGGCUGGCAGCGUGACGCGGCAGGUUCGGGGGAGCCGGGUGCUGAAGAUGAGGGAAAGCGCUAAAAGCUGAACACCGGCAGUGUGCGGUCACACGCCAAGAGCAGUGCUGCUGUCGGCGCUUCACCCCACAGCCUGGGAGCGGAUCUCGUCCGGCUCCCGGCGGGACGAGGUGCCGGUCCUGAGGAGGCAGUCGAUGAGAGGGGACCUGAGGAAAGCCCCGCACACCUGGGCGCUUACAGCACAGCAGCCCACAGUGCAAUUUUUAGCCACCUUGCUUUUAAAAAGAGAGUAAACAUGCCUAAAAAAAAGACUGGUGCUCGUAAGAAAGCUGAGAACCGUCGGGAACGUGAGAAGCAGAUAAGGGCUUCACGAGCCAACAUAGACUUGGCCAAACAUCCUUGUAAUGCUUCAAUGGAAUGUGAUAAGUGCCAAAGACGACAGAAGAAUAGAGCUUUUUGUUACUUCUGUAAUUCUGUUCAGAAAUUGCCCAUUUGUGCACAAUGUGGGAAAACCAAAUGCAUGAUGAAGUCUUCUGACUGUGUUAUAAAACAUGCUGGUGUGUACAGUACUGGACUGGCUAUGGUGGGUGCAAUCUGUGAUUUCUGUGAAGCCUGGGUGUGUCACGGGAGGAAGUGUCUGAGCACCCACGCGUGUACGUGCCCUCUGGCGGACGCAGAAUGCGUUGAGUGUGAAAGAAGUGUCUGGGACCAUGGAGGCAGAAUAUUCGCCUGCUCUUUUUGCCAUGAUUUCCUGUGUGAAGAUGAUCAGUUUGAACAUCAAGCCAGCUGCCAAGUUCUGGAAGCAGAGACAUUUAAAUGUGUCUCCUGUAACAGGCUGGGGCAGCAUUCCUGUCUGCGUUGCAAGGCUUGUUUUUGUGACGAUCAUGUGCGAAGUAAGGUUUUCAAGCAGGAAAAAGGGAAAAAGCCUCCUUGCCCUAAAUGUGGCCAUGAAACUCAGCAGACAAAGGAUCUGAGCAUGUCAACACGUUCUUUGAAGUUUGGCAGACAGACUGGAGGAGAAGAUGCAGAUGGAGCUUCUGGUUAUGAUGCUUACUGGAAAAACCUUUCCUCCAGCAAGACUGGGGAUGCAGGUGACCGUGAGGAUGAAUAUGAUGAGUAUGAAGCAGAAGAUGAUGAUGAAGAUGACAAUGAUGAGCGAGGGAAGGAUUCAGAUUCUGAGGCCACGGAUGUAUUCAGCAAUUUGAAUUUAGGAAGGACCUAUGCUAGUGGGUAUGCACAUUAUGAGGAAUCAGAUGAUUAAGCUUAGUAUUCUGGCUUUGGAAUGAGCCAAGCAAUGCUUCACUGAGUUGUAUACAUGCUACUAGGAUAGCUCUGUCGGGUACUUACGUAUCAGAGUUAGAGAGCAGAGAGUGUCAGACUUCUGCAGUAACUCCAAAGGACAUUUUUCCUGUAGAUGAACUGAUGAUGGGUUUGGGAUUGGGGGAGAAAAUCAGGGUAUUUUUAUUCCCCUAAACAACAGAAUGGUUUUGUCCUUGAGUUACUGAGUAUAAUGGUUCAAUACCAUUUUCUCCUAUCAACACAGGAAUGUGGGAAAGCUGUAGCUGUUGCUUCCGUUUGCUCAUCAGAAAUGAAGUUAUUUUUUACAAUAAUUUUGUUAACUGAUUUCAUACAUUAUGCAGUGGUGGGUUGGUGACUGCAUUUUUUUUUUGGUCUGCACAAUAAAAGUCAACUGCAUCUAAUAAACUGUCAUAAUUAUUGAUCUCCCUUGAAUAGCUGGAAGGCAGAUUGUGUACGAAGUGUAAAUUGACACUUAAAUUACUUCCUUUUUUAUGUCAGUAUGGCAGAUCAAUGUAGUUCUUUGUGUAUUUGCACAUCACCUUUUCAGUAUUUUUAUUAAUAGAUAUUAAUUGGUGAGGCUAUAUAUAGUCACUAUAAGAACACCCUAGAUAAUUGAAACUUGUAUGGAAAUAAAAUGUUGGUAUCCUCUCUGCCACAAAAAUAUGUAAGGCAGUUUGCCAUUAGAUGAAAAGGAGACUGGUUUCUUCUCUAUCUAGUCUUUAACUCUUUUCCUUGCAUAUGAUAAAAAAAAUUAGAUAGGAAACAAUGCUGUAUGUGAACUGAGAAGGUGAGAAAACACGGGGGGGUUCAAAAUGCCGUGUCCAAAUACUGUUCUGUGCAAGCCUGCCAGUACAAGGCAAACAAUCAGCACUUCUGAGCUGAGAAGGUGACACCUGCAGAAGUGUUUGCAGUGGUUCUGAUUUGAAAGUGAACAUGUUAAUUACCCAUCUACAGAUUGAAGUGAUGGCAUUUAUUUUCCCUCUGUAGGGUAAUGUUUUACAGCAGACAGAUCAUAAUACAAGGGCAGCCAACCUGAAGUGUUUCUCAGGCUUUCUAAAUGCCAUGCCUUAAUGGAAGAGAGCCCUUUUUGUUAUCUGUCAAAUACCUGAACUGAUUAUACCAUUACCUGCUUUUGUGGUGUUUGCCUACUCUUUCUAAAAAGCUAAAGGUCAUGUGUUAGCAGAGCAUACCCUACUGAGAAUAAUUUUUAAUGAUGUUAAGGUUGCCAAGUGAACAUUUUGUAUCAAAACAGGA